CAGACUGGAUGUGACCUACCUGAAAGAGAAGUCAAGUAUUUCAGCAAUAUGGGAAUCUCCUGAAACCAAUGCAAAGGGCAGCAGCCGAAGAACCGAGAGAGGAAGGAAAUGUGUGGCAGCAUGCAAAUCUUGCUCUUCACAUUUGCCACGGAACUUUAGAGGAAGAGGUGGGGCAAGUUCACCAAAGCAGUUUAAAAGGCACAGGACUCGGUCCUCACUUCCAUCCUUCCCACACCAGAGCAGAGAUGGGCUCCUGGAUUUUUCUGGUGGCCCUUCUUGCUCCUUUAAGUAUCGCAGAUCCUCCAGACCCGCAGUACAUCCUGAUCGUGCCUGCAGUAGUUCAGAGCAACACUACCAAUGAGGCUUGCGUCCAACUCCUCAACCUCAAUGAGACGGUCUCUGUGGACGUGGUGCUGGAGUACAAUGUGAAGCGCCUUCCCCUUUGGGAAGGGACUGUGGACAAAAAACACUUUUCCGAAUGCAUCAAUUUUACGGUUCCUCCUGCUGAUCCUGAACCACUAGCUUACAUAGUUUUUUCAGCUAAUGGGUCGUCUAUCAGCUUCCAUGAAAGGAGGUCUGUUGCUGUUCGUAGCAUAGGCACACUUGUCUUUGUCCAGACGGAUAAACCUGUCUACAAACCUGACCAGAAAGUGAUGUUUAGAGUUGUUUCUAUGGAUAACGAUUUCAAGCCAGUGAACAAAAUGUAUCCUGCAAUCUACAUCCAAGAUCCUCAAGGAAAUCGGAUUGCUCAGUGGCUGAAUCAAACACCUUCCUUUGGCAUCCUCCAAUAUGAAAUCGUAAUAAACCAAGGAGCAAUCUUGGGAUCCUACCAAAUCAUUGUUGAGAAUCCACCCAACUUUAAUACCUAUCACUGGUUCACUGUGGAAGAAUAUGUGUUGCCAAAGUUCAGUAUGGACAUCAAAACACCAGACAGGCUUGAUCCUUUCGAUGAACAAUUCCAAGUAGACGUCAGUGCUCAUUAUGUAUUUGGCCAACCUGUUCAAGGGACAGUCCAGAUCAGAGUCUGCAGGCAGCGCUAUUACGAUCCAAGAUGUAAUCGAGAUUCCAAUGGGAUUUGUGAAGCUGUUAGUGCUCAGCUAGACAAAGAUGGCAGAAUUUCCGCAACGAUCAGCACCAAAGCAUACCACCUUUACGCAAACAUGAAUACGCAGCGAUAUUUUUAUGCGUCACUCGGUGUAGAGGCAGUCGUCACAGAGAAGGGAACAGGCAUCCAGAUUUCAAAGACUAGCUUCAUCUAUGUCUAUCAAGCAAGAAAAACCAUCAUAUUUGAGAAUGUAGAUCCAUAUUAUAGAAGAGGGAUCCCUUUGACUGGACAGAUUAAGGUGAAUGACGAGGAUGGAGCACCACUGGCAAACGGGCUUAUUCUUCUAGAGUUUGACAACGAGGUUGUGGCUAACUACACCACGGACAACAAUGGCACUGCUCAGUUUUCCAUAUCAACUUCUCACCUCUUUGAACCUCGCUACAAAUUGAGAGCCAUCUAUGAACCAGAUCAGUGCACUGAGUAUGGCUGGCUGGAAACCUACAAGCCAGAAGCUGUUCAUUACGUCCAGCGCUAUUUCUCCCGGACCAACAGCUUUCUGAAGAUAGAACCAGUGCUGGGUGAACUGCCAUGUGACAAACGGAAAACAAUCUACGUGCAAUACAUCCUGAACAAAGUUCAAAAUGAGGAAUUGCCCUCCAGGGUUUACUUCUACUAUCUAAUGAUGACAAAUGGUAGGAUUGUUGAUGGGGGUGAACGCCUAGUCAGAAUAAAGGCUGGACGAUAUAGCAGAUUCUCAGUGUCACUGAUGAUUAACCAAAGAUCAGCUCCCAGAGCAAGGCUAUUGGUUUACACUCUGCAUCCUCAGGGCGAGCUGAUCGCUGAUAGCAUCUCUUUUGAGGUUCAAAAGUGCUUCAGAAACAAGGUCAGCCUGCAGUUCUCUAAGAAAGAAGCACUGCCUGCCUCAGAAAUUGGCCUUAACCUCAAAGCUGCCAGCAACUCAUUUUGUGCCCUGCGGGCUGUGGAUAAGAGCGUUCUGCUUCUGAGGCCUGGAGAAGAUCUGACUCCUGAGAGCGUGUACUCUCGCCUUCCUUAUCUAGAACUUUAUGGCUAUUAUUAUAAUGGGAUGAACCUUGACGAUACUCCUAAAGAGCCAUGCGUUGAGCUGAAAAAUCAUUUCUUUGAGGGUCAAUACUACAUACCUGUGAAUGUGACCGAUGACGGCAAUGUCUAUGAUGUUUUCAUGAGCUUGGGUCUCAAGGUUUUCACCAACUCUACACUACAAAAGCCCUUUGUAUGCCAAAGCGACUUUGAAUGCAAGAAGAUUUCACCUGAUUAUCCUGAUGAUAAUCCCAUUAUGGAUGAAGCAAAAGUUGGUUUUAGUGCUGCAGCUGGGGGUACAAGCACAUUGAGAACCUACUUUCCUGAAAUAUUCUUUUGGCAGCUGCUUUGGGUUGAUUCUAGUGGGAAAGCCAAUCUCUCGUACACUGUGCCGGACACCAUCACUAGUUGGGAAGCCAAUGCAUUCUGUAUGAACGACAACAUUGGGUUCGGCCUCUCAGAAAUGGCCUCCCUGACAGCUUUUCAGAUAUUCUUUCUUGAUAUGGCUUUGCCCUACUCCACUAUCCAAGGGGAAGAAUUCCUUUUAAAAGCCAAUGUCUUCAAUUACCUGAGCUACUGCAUUGAGUUAGAUGUUGAGCUGGAAGAGUCUCAGAAUUUCAAAGCAGAAAAGCUGUCUCCAGGGAACAACUCCGUAAGAAUCUGUGCGAAUGAAACACAAUCCUACACCUGGAGAAUUCGCCCUCAAAGACUGGGUAUGGUGAAUUUCACUGUCACUGCUGAAGCCAAAGGAACUGAGCUGAGUGAAGGACGAAGGGACACCAUGGUCAAGGCGGUUUUGGUUGAGCCUGAAGGCAUCAAGAAGGAGGUGACCCAGAGCUCUCUGAUCUGCGUAAAAGGUACACCAGUCUCUGAAACAAUAACCUUGAACUUGCCUUCGAAUCUGGUGACUGGAUCAGAAAAAGCUACACUUUAUGUCCUUGGUGACAUCCUGGGCACAGCCAUGAGGAACGCUGAAAAUCUUCUCCCAAUGCCCUACGGUUGUGCGGAACAGAAUAUUGCCAUCUUCUUGUCCCAUUUAUAUAUUUUUUCCUACCUGACUGAUACAAACCAGCUGACGGAAGAAAAAAAAUCCAGGAUCAUUAGAAAUUUGAAUGCUGGAUACCAGAGGCAGAUGGCAUUCAGACGUUUUGAUGGAUCCUUCAGUACUUUUGGUAGCAGGGAGGCAGAAGGAAAUCUUUGGCUCACCACCUUAGUCUACAAAGCAUUUGGACUGAGCUCGCCUGUUAUAUUUAUAGAUGAAAACAUCCUGAAUCAAGCUCUCCUCUGGAUUUCAAGCAAACAGGGGCCAGAUGGCUGCUUCAAGUCGGAUGGGAAAAUCUACAACCAAGCCUUAGAGGAUGGAGCGGAUCAAAACACCAUACUCACGGCCUAUAUUACUUCAUCUCUACAGGAGAGCAAACUCAAGAGCUCGUAUCCUGUGGUGCGGGCUGGCCUCUCCUGCUUGGAUGCUGCUUCUGAUGGGCGUGUUAGGAGCAAGUUGGAAAAUGCUCUCCUGGCCCAUACAUAUGGUUUAGCUGGCAACGCAGAAAAACAGAAACAUUUCUUGGACGCCUUGAUGAAAUCUGCUACUAGAAAUGGUGGUCUGCUGUACUGGGAAAGGGAAAGGAGGCCAAGAGUAGAACAGUUCCCUUCUUUCUACCCUCGUGCAUCAUCUCUUGAGAUUCUGACCACCAGUUAUGCACUGCUGGCGUGGCUUAACCGACCAAACCUAUCCCAGGACGACCUGACAAUCGGCUCACAGAUAGCACGGUGGCUGGUCACAAACCAAAAUUCUUUAGGAGGCUUCUCCUCCUCUCAGGACACUCCUGUGGCUCUGCUGGCUUUAUCUCGGUUUGGGAAUCUGACCUUCACAAAAGAUGCAGAAAAUACAGUGGAGAUCAGUGCUGGGGGAUCUUUUAAGAAGGUUUUCCAGGUGACGAGUAGCAACAGUGUCCUGCUGCAACAGGUUGAAUUGCCCAACAUCCCCGGAAACUACAGUGUGGAAGUGAAAGGUUCCGGUUGUGUCAACAUUCUGACAUCCCUGAGAUACAACAUCAUCUUCCCUACACAUGGCUCUGGAUUUUCUCUCACAGUGCAGACAAAAAAUGCUUCCUGUUCAGGCGACUUUCUGCCCAGAUUUGAUCUUGAACUGAAAGCCAGAUACACUGGAGAGCGCAACGCAUCCAACAUGGCUAUCGUGGACAUCAAAAUGGUGUCUGGUUAUGUCCCUGUCCCAUCAUCACUAGAGCGGCUCCAGGGCAAGGUGAUGCGUACCGAAAUCAGAAAUGACCACCUCAUCUUAUAUCUGGAGAGUGUAUCAUCAAAGGAGAUUACUACCUUGACACUAACGCUAGAAGAAUCCCAUCCUGUGUCCAAAAGCAAACCAGCUGAAGUUCGAAUGCUUGAUUAUUAUGAAACAGAUAUAACUGCCCAUAGUGAAUAUAACACACCAUGCCGCCAAGCGUCAGAUUGAGCCCAAACAAAGAGAAAGCAGGAAGAUCAGAAGCUAUAUCCCUGUGUCUGAUGUGGUUCAGGAAAUCACCAUUCCGGAAAAUCUGCUAAAAAUAUUACAUUGGGUUGAAUUUGUUUUGGCUGGGAUCUCACACCACAUCUUUCCAACUUUCAGUACUGUAUUUUGAAUGUAGAAUAAAAUUAUUUCUAGUUGCUAUAACUAUUUGCAAAUA